ACCAGUUGCGGGGGCGUUCAUGAUGAGAAUCUUUGUGGGGUGAGAAAUAAUAAUGUGAAUUUUAAAUGCCCAGCGAAGCGGACGGGUACAGUUAGUAUUCCUAUAAAUUUGUCACGUCAAAGUAAAUUUUCACGAAAGUAAAUAAAGGGCGUCUAAAUAUUCCAUGUGGCGUGUGUUUAAACGGUCGACGGACGCGAACACGCAAUGUACACAAUAAUCAGCUGAUGAGCAACGGCCAUAUUGUUCGUUUUGGCUUCGGGAACGGUUAUCUUUUACCUUGUCGCUCUUUUUGCAACCCUUACCUACCUUACCCUUUGAGGUACACUGUCCACAACGCGUGGAGUAAAAAGUGAAGUAAAAUAACAAGGACCUGGUACAUACAAUAUUUUUAUAAAAAGUCUUUGGACCGCAAAGGGUUAUCAGUAAUACUUAAAAACUGAAGUCAUAGGAGUUUCGUGUGUAUUAUACUUAGCUGUAAGUAAAAUAAAUACGCCGUGAAUCUUAAAUUAGUUAUUCAGUUCCUAUUUAAUUGUCUAUAAUAUUCUUAUCGCAGAUCGUGCCGAUCGUAUACAUUAAAUAACAAGCACUUAUCGUCAUGUAGAAAAAAUAUCUGUUUGAAACGUUAAAUAACAUUUGUAGGUACUAAGUUUUUAGAUGAUUGAACUAGAAUAAUUUUAUAUUUAUUUAUAAGUAGUGCCUUCUUAAUUCAUUAGAUUGUUGCAUUUGAUUAAGUGUUUGAUGCACAUAUUUAAGAAUACAGGAAUAUUGAAGGUGCGAGAAUAUUCUAGAAAUUUCUACUUAUUGAAUUACGGUUUACUAGAUACUACUCAUUUAAAUACAAUCAAUACCAUACUAGUAUUGUAAAUGUGGAUGUAACUCUGUCUAUUACGAUUUCCCGCCCAAAACACUGAAUCGAUAUAAAAAUAGUUUGAAUGAACUCUGGGAAAGGUAAAGGUUACUUUUCAUCCAACUGCGAUUGGAAAAUUAGUAAAAAAUAUAGCAGAAACUCAUGAUUUAUAAUGUACGGAGACUUUAAGACAAUUAAUAAAAACUACAUAUGAAAACGUAGAAAUAAUCUUUUUUGAUUUUUUUUUUGGUUUUAUUGUUGAGCAACAUUACGAUGAUAAGAUAGAUAGACGGUAAUAUGACGCAGCGUUACCAGACCGUGGCGUUACCAGACCAAAAUAGAUCCUUAACGUGAAUGUCUUAGAGGUUAUAAGCAUAAUUAUAAAAUAAAUUGAUACAAUAAUUCUGUGAUAAGAACUGAAAUAAAAUGAUUUAUUUGCCUGUUUCGCAUGUUUUAUUUGAUAUGGACGGAUUACUAUUGAAUACUGAGGAUUUAUACACGGUCGGGUUUCAAAAAGUGGCCUCGCGCUACGGCAAAAAGUUCACGUUCGAAUUAAAAAGUCGGAUAAUGGGACAGCAGACAAGAGAGUUUGCCGGGAACAUAAUAAAAUAUCUCGAUUUGCCUCUUACAAUCGAAGAUUUUGUAUCAGAGACACGUCAAAUCUUCGAAGAGCUUUUCCCUCAGAGCGAAAUACUGCCUGGUGUAAAGAAACUCAUUUAUCAUCUAAAUCAACACAACAUUCCAAUGGGUUUAGCAACGAGCAGUAGUAAGGAGUCGUACGAAUUGAAAACGCUCAAGCAUCAAGAUUUAUUUGACCUAUUUUCACAUAAAACUUUAGGCUCUUCAGAUCCAGACGUGAAGAGAGGGAAGCCACACCCCGAUAUAUUUAUCGUAGCCGCCAAUAAGUUUCUCGAUAAACCGGAUUUAGAAAAGUGUCUCGUUUUCGAAGAUUCGAUUAAUGGCGUGAAGGCGGCGCGCGCUGCUGGCAUGCAGGUCGUGAUGGUCCCGGACCCGAGACUAGAUCGGAGUCACGCCACCGAAGCUACACUUAUCCUCGACUCAAUGGAGGAAUUUAAACCAGAACUGUUCGGUUUACCGCCCUACGAAUUCUGAAUUGUCCAAAAUAAACGCAAAUUAAGCGCUCUUCACUUCAGUAUACCAUGUAUCUCUAACAAUUAUGUCACGAAAUUUUAUAGGACGAAAUAAUAAAUGCAAAUUUAUACAUAAUAUACUAGCGGCCUGCUCCGGCUCCGCUCGGGUCUUUAACAAAAAUUUCAACGAUAUUUGACG